CAACUUUACCAGCAGAAGUUCGACACUCAGUUGCCCUUGGACGACACUGAGCUCCCGAGUCAGCGAGCAUGAUAGAAGACUUUCGUAGUUCGCUAUAUAAAAUAAGAAUAACUGGAGACUCGAACCAGAACUUAUCAUCUGUGCCGAGCAAACCCCAACGCAUAUAUCCCUCCACAUCACAUUCCUGAGAAGAUGGCGCCUAAAGCACCGAAAGGCAAGCGUAAUGUCUACGUCCUCGGCGUGGGCAUGACCAAGUUCAUCAAGCCCCGUGGCAAGGUCGACUACACUGAACUCGGCUAUGAGGCCGGAAUCAAAGCUCUCCUCGAUGCUCAGGUAAACUACGAUGAUAUUGACGCUGGUGUGGCUUGCUACUGCUACGGUGACAGCACCUGCGGUCAACGAGUCUUCUACCAAUUCGGUAUGACAUCAGUUCCGAUCUACAAUGUCAACAACAACUGCUCCACCGGCUCGACAGGCUUGCAACUUGGUCGGACUAUGAUCGCAGGCGGCAUGGCCGAAGCCGUGAUGGUCGUUGGCUUCGAGAAAAUGAACCCAGGCUCGUUGGCGUCAUAUUUCCAGGACCGUGAGAACCCCACAGGGACGUUCGGAAUGAUCAUGGCACAGACUCGAGGUAUCUCCAAAGCCCCUGGUGCCGCACAGUUGUUCGGUAACGGUGGACGAGAGUACAAGGAGAAAUUCGGGGCGAAGAACGAAGAUUUUGGCGAGAUCGCCCGUAUCAACCAUGAGCACUCCAAGCGCAACCCAUACUCCCAAUUCCAAGACGACUACACCUUGGACCAGAUCAUGCAGUCACCAAUGGUCUACGAGCCUCUGACCAAGCUCCAAUGUUGCCCGACGAGUGAUGGCGGUGCCGCGGCCGUUCUCGUCUCACAAGACUUCCUUGACGCUCGACCAGAGCUCAAGGAGCAGGCAGUACUCAUUGCCGGCCAGACUCUGGCCACCGAUAGCCCAGCUGCAUUUAGCCGGUCAUCAAUGGACUUGGUGGGUUACAACAUGACCAAGUACGCCGCCAAACUUGCCAUGGACGAAGCUGGUGUUACCGUCGAUGACAUCAAGGUCUGCGAACUUCACGACUGCUUUAGCGCUAACCAGAUGAUUACCAUUGACGCGCUGGGCCUCAGCGAGCAUGGUAAGGCCCACGAGAUGGUCCGACGCGGUGACAUCACCUACGGCGGCAAGAUGGUCAUAAACCCGUCCGGUGGGCUCAUCAGCAAGGGUCACCCGCUUGGCGCCACUGGCAUUGCGCAGUGUGCUGAGCUAGUAUGGCACCUCCGUGGAUGGGCCAACAACCGAUUGAUCGACGGAACCAAGUCCACGUUGCAGCACAACUUGGGUCUCGGAGGUGCAGUCGUCGUCACUGUGUACCAGCGUGCCGAUGGUCAGGUUGCGAAGGCAGUCAGUGACGAGGAGGUUGCUAAGAGGACGACUGUUGGCUACAACCCGGCCGUCGUGGCUAAGGGCUUCACAAAGAGCCAGGCCGACAGCGUUCGCAGCAAGACUGCGCGUAGUGAAUGGGCACUCCAGGAUGUUGCCAAGAAGGUCGAGUCGAGAUUUUAAAUUGACGGCUAGGUAUCAUGAAAGUGGCUUGUCCCAUUUGAUGGAAAGGGGCAGGGUUAACAAAUUGAUGUGAACUGUACGAAGAUAAUUGCACCAUGUGAAAACAAAAAAAUCAACGAUUUUGACACAAUG